AUGGAUUUUCAUAUGAACGAGGAGGAGGCCGAGGAGGAGGACGAGGAGGGCGGCGGGGGCGGCGGCGGCGGCGAGGACGAGGAGGACGACGGCGGGGGCGGCAGCCGCGAGCUGCUCCUGCGCACGCCGCUGCCGGCGCCCAUCGACAUCUACCGCACCCCCGAGGGGCUGCAGUCGGUCGAGUCGGAGCAUGUGGCCAACGUGUACCUGAACGGACAAGGAUCAAAUGAAACAAUUCUUUGGUAA